AUGCCACAACAAUGGCCUACCGUUACCUACAAAGAGGAAGGCAUGCGAGAAGGCAUGCAAAUCGAAGACGCCAACAUAACGGUCGACGACAAAAUCGAACUGUUGGAUAUGUUGUCGGAGACGGGUCUCAGCAGCAUUGUUGUCGGUUCUUUUGUUAGUCCCAAAUGGACCCCGCAGAUGGAGCGUAUUGACGAAAUCGUACAGCGAUUUACUCCGAAGCCCGGCGUCACCUACUCUGCGUUGGCAUUGAAUUCCCGUGGCGUGGAACGUGCGCGCGCCUAUUCUCCGCCCCUCACCAUCGAACGCGACAAAUAUCCGCGCCUCAGCUGCCAUCUGUGCGACGUGUUCGUCCGUCGUAACACCAAUCGCACCCAGAUGCAGGAAAUGGAGCGUUGGCCGGAAAUCAUCGCCCAGGCGCAGGAAGUUGGCAUCAAGGAAUCCGGAAUCGGUUGCAAUGCUUCCUGGGGAUCGAACUUCCUGGGUGAGUUUCCGGUUGACAGCCUCAUGACUUUGCUGGAAUACCAGCACGGCCUUUGGGACGAAGCCGGCAUCAAGGUGGUCAGUUGCUCAAUGGGCGAUCCCAUGAGCCAUUGCACGCCGGCAAAGGUGGAAGAAAGCGUUACCCGCGUGAAAGAGCGCUGGCCCGAAAUCAACCACUUCCGCCUCCAUCUUCACAACGGGCGCAACAUGGCCAUCGCGUCAGCCUACGCCGCCAUGAGGGUUCUCGGGCCAGAGGAUACCCUUGAGCUCGACGGUACUAUCGGCGGAUACGGCGGUUGCCCCUACUGUGGCAACGGUCGCGCCACCGGUAUGGCCCCCACCGAAGACCUGUUGCACAUGAUGGACGAUAUGGGUAUCCCAACGGGCGUUGACAUCGACAAGCUCAUCGAUUGCGUCUGGGCAGCCGAGCGGAUCAUCGGUCGGGAGCUGUACGGCCACGUUUCCAAAGCCGGCCCGCGUCCUCGUACCGUCGACAAACUCUACGACAUCAAUAUGCCCUUCGUCGAAACCAUGGGACAGGCCCUGCACUUCAAGAAGGGCUCCGAGGUCUACGAAGGCGGUAUCUACCCCUAUCGCGAGCCCAUCACCAGUCCUUACCGCGACCGGAUCGAUCAGGGCUUGCCUGCAUUCGGAACCGGAGCCAACGAGUUCCCCUGGAACCAGGACUGGCUGCCCAAGGCCGACAGUUAA